UUGAGGUAUGUCUAGGUACGUCAAAAAUUAAAAAGAAAAAACUUGGGUACGUGUUUUGUAUACCUGGUAUGUAUGCAGAAGUACCAUACAAAGUACCAUAUGCCAGUAAGUACCCGGUACGUGUACGACAUGUUUUUCAAAGUACCCAUGCUUCGUAGAGAACCACUAGUUCUAGCACAUUACUUUGAAGGUCAAUCAAUCAAACUAUUUUCCAUGUAAAACAUUUACCGUGGAAAAUAUUUUUCAUCGAAAUAAACAAUGUAUAAGAGUGAACAUAAAAUGUAUUAUGCGUGUAUUGCAGAAUAUGGCACAGGGAGCAUGGUGUCCACUGGUGGUGAUGUAUAUAGCUAUGGAAUCCUCCUAUUAGAAUUGUUCACAGGAAAAAGACCCACUGAUGGCAUGUUUAAAGAUGGCUUGACCCUUCACAAGUUAGCUAAGUUAGCUCUUCCAGAAAGAGUGAUGGAGAUUGUUGAUGAGAAACUUGUAUCAGUAGUAGAAGAGGAGGAAACAGCCAGCAAAAAUUCUAGGAGAGAAAUGGGAAGGGGAAAAUUCCUUGAGUGCUUAAUUUUGAUACUUCGGAUUGGAGUUGCGUGCUCUGUGGAAUCCCCACGAGAACGGAUGACCAUUGUUGAUGCAACUAAGGCACUACAUUUAGUUAAGGACAUGCUGCUUGGGAGAAGGAUUUCAAGCAAUGUGCAAAUUGUUUCAAAGGGGUAAUUCAGGUACUCUCUUUUGGUGUUGUUAUGUAGUUUCAAGGAAAAGUCUAAGAAUAUAGAAAGUUUCAAAUACAGAAUAUACAGAUAUGACACAUAUGAGAUGUGAAUAUUUUUUUUUUAUCUUACAUUGGUGUAUACUGUGUUUGGGACUUUAUGUGUUCCUAGCACAACCCUCGUUUAAAUUUUCCGUUUAAAUUAUGUUAGUUGCCUAGAAAUGAAAUACUGAAAAUUCCACAGAAGGUGGA